AUGGUGAGCCUUGCCGUCGAUGCCUCCGCCCUCCUCAUCACUCUGGUCUAUGAGCCUUGCCCAGGGCGCUCGGAGACCCACUUGUUCAAGUUCAGGACUGAUGAUGAGCUGAACAGGUGGCACCACGCGCUGGCAUACGGUGGUUUCAUUAGGGCCGCUCCCCUGGUGCAGCAUGCAUUGCCUCCCUCGACAGUCCCACCAUCCAGCGAGGCCCCUUCAACACCAAAGGAAGAAAUGCUAGUAUCUGUGAACAUCCCAGAUGGCAUUGGCUUUGACGGUGCUCCAACAUUAUCAGAAAGGCACAACGGACGGGUGCAGUACAACAAGGCGCGAAAUAUGCUUAUCAUCACGUCACCUGAAGAUCCUACGCCCCUGCUGAUUCCCUGCGCACAAGUCAAGAUGACUCCUGACACGCAGCAGCACUCCAUCGUCUUCAAAUCAAUUGAGGAGCCCGAUAAAAUGAUCACUGUAACCACUCAGGAGAAAUUCUACUUGGAACUCGUGGGGAUCGCUGGGAUGGGUACAUACUAUCAACCUCCGGUGAAAAAGGAACCACCACCACCCCCCGUUGCAAAACCUAAGGAACCUCCUCCGCCGCCUCCUGAACCGGAAGCUCCGGAAGAGAACGAGCUCUUUGUUAUUCGGGAUGGCAAUUUGAUGCUUUUCGAAAAACAAGGGGAUACUCAGCCAAUCCUGAAGCUUCACCAUGCGGACUGCGCAACGCAUGCAGACCCAGUCAACCGGGAGUUCAUUAUUACGCACAAGCCAGGGACCCCCGAAGAAGAAACCUACGUCUUUUCCUUCCCAACUGACGAUGUCUACAAGGGCUGGUACAAGAAGCUUGAGGAAAAUGGAUUCCUCAUGAGGAAGGGUGACCACAGGGGACGCACUUCAAAUCAGGUUGGUGUGGUAUCUAAAGGCUGUCUCGAUCUAUAUAAGGACUACGGAACCCCCGACGCCAAACCCGUCAUAACACUUAUGGCCAACAGAUGCAGCGCAACCGCCAGUAGGGAGCGAAGAGAAAUACGCAUCAUCCAUACGAGCCCUACUGGGAAGCGCGAACGCAUUACGUUGGAUUGCGCAAGUGUGGCAGAGUUCGACAGAUACGUGUUCCCCAUCAAUCUAUUCGAAGACGCCUCUGGAAGAAGGUCGGCCCUGCUCAUCGAGAACCGGAUGAUUAUGCUCUUCCCAGCCCCCGAAGCCACGGAGCCAGUCCUCUGCGCCUCCGCAGACGAGUGCGAAGUGCAGCCAGUAAUUAGUCAACGCAAGCUCAGAGUUUAUGUGAAUCGCAACACCAGACGGGAGCAGCGUAUUGACUUCAUCCUUGCACUUGCUAAAGACUUUGACAGAAAAGGCUUGAUGGCUGUCUACAAAAGCAAAUUCGAUAUAGCAAGAAGAGUGAACGUGAUUUCUGCGGAUUCACGAGAGAGAUGGGAGUUCGCCCUAAAGCUAGCAGGUUUUAAAGCCUUUUCCAAGUCUCAACUGCCCAGAUUUUUCUUCCCUCAAAUCAUCUAUGGAUUUGUGGCGGAGGAAGCGGCGGAGCUGCGGAAGGACAGCUUCCUCGGUAGCGCCAGAGCUGCCCUCGGGCUUCUCCAG